AUGGACUUUGCGCCUGGACCGAGCUUCCACCACUACCACCCCCCAGCCCAACAUCACCUGCCACGCCCCACCGACACCCCCGUUGCCCUCGCCGGCGCCGCCUCCGCCGCUGCUGGCCGAGCACAAGCGAAUCUCGCACCAGCUGCUCCAGCGCCCGCGCCGCCCGCCAUUGGAGCUGGAGAGCGACCCGGACCGCCCUAUCAGCAGCCCACUCCAUCGUCGGCCUGCGAUAACCAGCGCCAUGCCCCAGCCAUGCGCAAGAUGCGCAAGAGAAAAGCCGAUACGCAGGACAACGAGAGGCUGUCCAAGCGCUUGAGUCUCCUGAACCUGGAACAGAAUGGCCAGAAGCUCUACGUCCCGGUCGAGAGCCCCCAGCUCACGCCCGCGGCCGGGGCCUCUCUGAGGCAGAUCCCCGAGAAUGAGCACAUGGACCUCGACAACUCGAAGCACAAGGUGUACAUCUACGACCUGGACGCCGAGCUGUCCGACGGCGAGUCCUCCUCCGACGAGGGCAAGCUGGUCUUCCUGCCCGACAUCGAGAAGCACCUCUUGCUGAACCGCAUCCCGCCCUCGGUCCUGGCCAACAAGGACGGCGAGCUGGCCGGCAUGCAGAUGGUGCUGUACAACGAGCCCAAGUCGCUGACCGUGCCCGCCGAGCAGGACAGCGUGCGCAAGGCCAUCGUCGAGGCCAGGGCGCGGCUGCGGCAGAAACAGAACGGCGACGGCGCCGGUCGGGACGCUCUGCCCUCGGGCAUGGACAUUGAGGAAACCCCCCCGCCACGGGUCCCGAACGGGCUCAACAACUUGGCCAACGACUCGGUGCCUCCAGCUGCCACCAACAACAGCAUGGGCGUACUGGACGGCGGCUCGUCGACGGCGCAGCCCUGGCCUACAACCCCUUACGACAGCAGCGAUGCGAUGGAGAUGGAUAUUGAUUGA